UUAGCCGGGCCCGGAAUCCGCUGGAGGCGGUGGUGGCGGCAGCGGUGGCGGCGGCGGAGCCAUGGAUGCCGACGCGCCGCCUUCGGGGGUCCGCGCUGGCCGCGGCCAGGGCGCGGCGGGGCCCUGGACAAGCUCCGGCGCACUGCGGCCAUCGCUCCCGCCUCUCUUCUUCCUUUUCUUGCUGCUGGCGGCGCCCGGCGCUCAGGCCGCGGGUUACGAGUCAUGCCCCACGGUGAAGCCGGACAUGCUCAACGUGCAUCUGGUGGCACACACACAUGACGACGUGGGCUGGCUCAAGACGGUGGACCAGUACUUUUAUGGCAUCGACAAUGAUGUCCAGCAUGCGGGUGUGCAGUACAUCCUAGAUUCCGUCAUCUCUUCCCUGCUGGCAGAGCCCACUCGCCGCUUCGUCUAUGUAGAGAUGGCCUUCUUCUCUCGUUGGUGGCACCAACAGACCAAUGCAACACAGGAAGUUGUGCGGAACCUGGUGCGCCAGGGGCGCCUGGAGUUUGCCAACGGUGGCUGGGUCAUGAACGACGAGGCGGCCACCCACUACGGAGCAAUCAUAGACCAGAUGACACUCGGACUGCGCUUCCUGGAAGAUACGUUUGGCAACGACGGGCGCCCCCGUGUGGCCUGGCACAUCGACCCCUUUGGCCAUUCUCGGGAGCAGGCCUCGCUGUUCGCGCAGAUGGGCUUUGACGGCUUCUUCUUUGGGCGCCUGGAUUAUCAAGAUAAGUGGGUUCGGAAGAAGCAGCUAAGGAUGGAGCAGGUGUGGCGAGCCAGUGCCAGCCUGAAGCCCCCCGCUGCUGACCUCUUCACCAGUGUGCUGCCCAACCUUUACAACCCGCCGAUGAAUCUGUGCUGGGAUGUGUUGUGUGUCGACAAACCUAUCGUGGAAGACCCCCGGAGCCCCGAGUACAAUGCCAAGGAACUGGUUGAUUACUUCCUGAAGUUAGCCACAGUCCAGAGUGGGUACUACCGCACCAACCACACCAUAAUGACCAUGGGCUCAGACUUCCAGUAUGAGAAUGCCAACAUGUGGUUCAAGAACCUUGAUAAGCUCAUCCAUCUGGUCAAUGCCCAGCAGCAGGCCAAUGGGAGCCACGUCAAUGUUCUCUACUCCACUCCGGCCUGUUACCUCUGGGAGCUGAACAAGGCCAACCUCACCUGGUCGGCGAAACAGGAUGACUUCUUCCCCUACGCUGAUGGCCCCCACCAGUUCUGGACAGGCUUCUUUUCCAGCCGGCCAGCCCUCAAACGCUACGAGCGUCUCAGCUAUAACUUCCUGCAGGUGUGCAACCAACUGGAGGCGCUGGCGGGUCCAGCGGCCAACGUAGGACCUUAUGGCUCUGGAGACAGCGCACCCCUCAAUGAGGCGAUGGCUGUGCUCCAGCACCACGAUGCAGUCAGUGGUACCUCCCGGCAGCACGUGGCAGACGACUAUGCUCGCCAGCUAGCCGCAGGCUGGGGACCCUGUGAGGUUCUCCUGAGCAACGCGCUGGCGCGGCUCAGCGGCUCCAAGGAGGAGUUUGUGUUCUGCCGCUGCCUCAACAUCAGCGUCUGUCCGCUCAGCCAGACCGCGGAGAUCUUCCAGGUGACCAUUUAUAACCCCUUGGGGCGGAAAGUAGAUUGGAUGGUGCGGCUUCCGGUCAGCAAACACAUUUUCCUCGUGAAGGACCCCAAUGGCAUAGUUGUACCCAGCGAUGUGGUUACAAUGCCCAGCUCAGACAGACAGGAGCUGCUUUUCUCAGCCUCAGUGCCUGCCCUCGGCUUCAGCAUCUACUCAGUAACCCAGGUGCCUGGCCAGAGCCCACAGGCUCACACCUCCAAGCCCAGAUCCCAGAAGUCCUCGUCCCGCAUCUUGACCAUCCAAAAUGAGUAUAUCCGGGCUAGGUUUGAUCCUGAGACGGGGCUCUUGGUGGAGCUGGAGAACUUGGAGCAGAAUCUCCUGCUGCCUGUUCGCCAAGCCUUCUACUGGUACAACGCCAGUACAGGCAACUACCUAAGUGACCAGGUCUCAGGUGCCUACAUCUUCAGACCCAACCGACAGGAACCACUGCUCGUGAGCCGCUGGGCUCAAAUCCACCUGGUGAAGAAGGCCUUGGUGCAGGAGGUACACCAGAACUUCUCAGCCUGGUGUUCCCAAGUGGUUCGUCUGUAUCCAGGACAGCGGCACCUGGAGCUGGAGUGGACAGUGGGACCAAUACCUGUGGGUGAUGGCUGGGGAAAGGAGGUCAUCAGCCGUUUUGACACUGAGCUGGAGACAAAAGGACUCUUCUUCACCGACAGCAAUGGCCGAGAGAUCCUGGAGAGAAGACGGAAUUAUCGACCCACAUGGGUGCUGAACAUGACUGAGCCAGUGGCAGGAAACUACUAUCCAGUCAACAGCCGCAUUUACAUUACGGACGGGAAAGUGCAGCUGACGGUGCUGACAGACCGCUCCCAGGGCGGCAGCAGCCUGAAAGACGGCUCCGUAGAGCUCAUGGUGCACCGAAGGCUGCUGAGAGACGAUAGACGCGGAGUUGGGGAGCCGCUGCUGGAGAAUGGGUCGGGGUUGUGGGUGCGGGGGCGCCACCUCGUGCUGCUGGAUAAGGCCCAGACCGCCGCUGUCAGGCACAGGUUGCAGGCGGAGAAGGAGCUCCUGGCCCCGCAGGUGGUGCUGGCUCAGGGUAGCGGCACUCCCUACCACCCGGGGGUCACCCCGCGCAGGCAGUUCUCAGGGCUGCGCUGGGAGCUGCCGCCUAACGUGCAUCUGCUCACGCUCGCCCGCUGGGGCCAGGAAACGCUGCUGCUACGCUUAGAGCAUCAGUUUGCCAUACAGGAGGAUAUGGUCGGCAACUUGAGCUCUCCGGUGACCUUGGACUUGAGGGACCUGUUUUCUACCUUCACCAUCACUGACCUUAAGGAAACCACGCUUGCUGCCAACCAGCUCCGGGCCAGUGCCUCCAGGCUCCAGUGGACACUGAACACGGAUGAAGGCCACACACCCAAGUCCUCUCCCUUCCGGCUGGACCCGGCCAACGUCACACUGCAGCCCAUGGAAAUCCGCACCUUCCUGGCCUCAGUCCAGUGGAAAAAGGAUGGCUAGACUUGCUGGGGGGCAGGAAGCCCCCUUUCCAGCCUUAACCCCUUCUUCCAGGGGUGGAGCAAACUGAUCCCCUUCUCUUGCUGCUGAUGCCACCAAUGAAAGCCAUUAAAAUGCCACUACCAAGCCCCGGG